UACCGACUUUCCUCCAUCUUCAUUUAGGCAGGAGGAAUACCGAUGCUAUUAAUUAAAAUGGUGUUUAGGUCGUUAUGGUAGUAUCUUCCUGGCUUGUUCAUUAUUAAAUGGAGAAUCAGCAGCUAAAAGUGUUCGGAGUGAUUGUGGCUGGUUGCCCGAUUCAGACAGAUUUUGUUCAAGUGAGCGGAACGGAAUUUGUUAUUGAAGUGGCUGGUUCUGGUUCAGUGAAUCAUGUUGUCGUGUUCUUGACGGGCGUUGCACCAUUCCCUACGGAUACGGGUGGCACCGUUUAUAUUCGGUGGCCAAAAAUCGGAACGGAAACAAACUGGCAUUAUCUCGGAUACAUUGCAAAUGAUAAACCGAGCGCUAUAUUUCGAGUUGCUCAACUUCAUAAAAUGGAUGCUGUUCAUGGUGGUCUGUUCAUAUCAAACUUACCAACCAAUGGAAAUACAGCUGGCAAUGCUCAAAUUGGUAUCAGUGUAGAACCACUUGCAGUUGUCACGAGUAAAAUUCCUGCUGAGGGAACGACAACUAGUCAGCAGUCAUCAUUCAUGCAGUUCGCGGAGAAGAUGUUGCAAAAUUUUAUUAACCAUCUGCAGUCAUUUGCUGUUCGUUUGCCUCGGUCAGAAAAUCCUGGAGAAUCUACAGACUUUAUUCCAGCUUCUGCUGUACAGAGUUGGUAUACUAAUUUUUCCCGGCGUUUACAGCAAAAUCCCGAAUUCUGGAAAUGUCUUUUAUGAACUUCCCGCCUUUCUUGUGUUUGCUGUUCAGUACUUCAUUUUUUAUUUAUUUACUGUGAAGAAAUCAUGCCGAAGCUUUGUGUAUGUGUCUUUUUUCUUUUUUUUGAAUAAUGUUAAACUCUUGUUUAAUCGUGUCCCCACUAGUCAUUUACAUUACCAGCUCGUUUUUUUAUGUUAUUCAUUUUCUCUUCAUAACAGUUUAAUUCACUACUUGUUGGAAGUGACUUCGUUUUCUUCAAAAAUAGUGUAGGGGAUACAUAAUUUAUGGUAAUCUUACAAAAUGUUUGUAGGAUUGAUGGCUGUUAUACAUUCAGUUGUAUUUUCCUUCUAUGUAGACUUUGGUCCAUAGAUCAAAAUAUUGAAUUCGUUCGUUAUCGUUGCUUAUAGGCCAGGAUAUUGUGAUUUUGCUGGAAACGUGCCCGGUUCUCAUGUUGUUAAUUUCCAUUCCAAAUCUCGCACAACAUGUUUUUAAUGGAAAUUCUAUUUGGUUGCAGAAAUUUUGUUUGCCAGAAGAAUGUAUUCAGAUUCGUGGCAGAAAUGCAUUGUGCUUUCGGGGCUGUUUCAAUAAAGGUCUGUAAAACAGUGGGUUUCAGAAAUGCUAAGGUCAAGUUUGUAGUUCAUUCCGU